AAGCUAUAUUUUUUUGAAGCCCAAGCUAUAUAAACCCAUUAUGUUAGCUUACUCUUGCAAAUAAACAGACCUGUACUGAUGUACAACACCAGCAGCUCUUAACCUGCUGCAUCUCCCAGAUCUCAUCUUCAUUCUCGUUACUCAGAGAAAAGUUGAUUUCAAAGAACCUCUCAUUUGGUUGUCACCUAAAAUGAUAAAGACUUUUGCUCUUCCCUCCAAAGCAGUGAAGUUGCAUUGUGGAGAAGUUAGAAGGCCCAAACAGGUAAAAGUGAGUAAAGCAAGGAUGGAGCUCUCUAUAACCAAACCUGAUGAUUGGCAUCUUCAUCUUCGUGACGGUGACCUUCUUCAAGCUGUUGUCUCUCAUAGUGCACAAAAUUUUGGAAGGGCAAUAGUCAUGCCUAACCUGCGACCUCCCAUAACAACAGCAGCGGCUGCCAUGGCAUAUCAUGAGUCCAUCCUCAAAGCAUUGCCUAGUGGCAGCAAUUUCACACCUCUGAUGACACUUUAUCUGACAGAUUCGACGAGUCCCAGUCAAAUCAAAAUAGCAAGAGAGAGUGGGAUCAUUUUUGCGGUGAAACUGUACCCUGCUGGCGCUACAACUAACUCACAAGAUGGUGUCACUGAUCUAUUUGGCAAGUGUGCUCCAGUUCUAGAAGAAAUGAUUGAACAAAACAUGCCUUUACUGGUUCAUGGCGAAGUUACAGAUCCGGAUGUUGACAUAUUUGAUCGUGAAAAGGUCUUCAUAGACACUGUUCUGAGACCUUUAGUACAGAGGUUUCCACGGCUAAAGGUAGUAAUGGAGCAUGUGACUACUAUGGAUGCAGUUAAAUUUGUCAAGUCAUGCGAUGAAGGGCAUGUUGCUGCAACUGUAACCCCACAACACCUUGUCCUCAACAGAAAUUCUAUCUUUCAAGGAGGAUUGCAACCACACAAUUACUGUCUACCAGUACUUAAAAGAGAGAUCCAUAGACAGGCUCUAGUGGCAGCCGUGACAAGCGGUGAUAAAAGAUUUUUCCUGGGAACUGAUAGUGCACCUCAUGAGAGACAAAGGAAGGAAUGUGCCUGCGGAUGUGCUGGUAUAUAUAAUUCUCCGGUUGCCUUGUCAAUCUAUGCGAAGGUUUUUGAGAAGGCUGGUGCACUAGACAAGCUAGAGGCAUUUACAAGUUUUAACGGACCAGACUUUUAUGGGCUACCAAGAAAUACAUCAAAAGUGAAACUGAGUAAGACACCAUGGCAGGUUCCAAAGUCUUUUAGUUAUGCUGCUGGUGAAAUCAUCCCAAUGGCUGCUGGUGAAACACUUGAGUGGUUACCGGAUAGUGUAACAGUGUAAUGACAAUGGUAAGAUGGAGUUGAUUUAUCCUAAUUUCUUUAUUGAGAUGCUCAAAGUGUCUAGGCUUGGCACAGAUCUGGUAUUGUUCCAGUAAUGUAAUUUCGAAUUUGUACACAUUUAAAUUCUUAUCAUUUAAAUAAACGGGAAAACUCUUGAUGAACUGAAA